AUGAUUCGCGGCUGGCAUCCGCAAAAGCGAUCCCAAUGUCUGAGUAUCGUCGAUAAGCUAUGCUCGGACCUAGGUCCUCUCACAUCAUGGUUCGAGCGCAUGCGCGCUCCAGCGCGGCACAGGCUGGUGAGCACGAUACCCGUAUACGAUCCUGAGCUCUUCACUGCAGCAGUCCCGAUAUGCCUCGUACCAAAAGCUCGCGAUGCAAAGCCGGAUAUCGCUCUAUCUCUGGUUCAUGGGCUCACAGGCUACGACGACUUGACCGACGCUGAGCGGCUACAAGUCGAAAAGACUGAGCUUUCUUCGAUUUCAUCGCCGUGCGCGACGACGCUGGGCAAACGGGCUCAGUGGUUCUAUGCCGCGAAGACUGCGUACCUAAGGGCACAACCCUCGACCAGGAAAGGCGGAACCGUGCCGACUAUGCAAGACACCGAGGUCAAGUUUGAUUCGCUUCUGUACAACCGCUCACCACAGAAGAUCGUGAAGAGCCUCUCUACUGACCGUCAAUCUCACGAGGAUGUACCAGGGCUGAUCUCAGUGAUGACAGCAGACUCUCUGGCUCAUGAUCUGCGCGUCAAGAGACCUGUAUGCUCCCUUAGACGGCUGGAAACUCACAGCAUCGGCCUUGUUGUCAAGAACGCAUCUUGCAAGGAGAGCGCAGUCGAUCACAAUACACCGGUCAUCAACGUGCACUGGAAGGAUGUUCUUGAUGCGAUUUGUGUCGAAGAACUCACACGGGUGGUAGAUGACUUGCAAGCCUCUUCUGGCAAGGUUGGAUCUCUCUUGCACUCAUCUCUACACCCAAGCCCAAGUCUACCACCCGGAGAGACCCGCGACUGUGUGCAUGACCCCCGAGGAAUCUUGACCUCAUCGCUGUGGCCUACGACGAGCCAGAAGAACGCAUUCUCUAGAUUACGCCGAGGAUAUACUGAGAACACUUGUGCGAAAGCUCUUUGA